UUUGCCUGAAAUAUUAAAAAAAAAAACUAAAAUGAAGAAUCAGGGUUCAUCAACCUCUACUAAUAAUAUAAAUUUGAAAAAUGCUAAUGUCGAUAUUUUUUUUGAGGAAUUUGAUGAAAAUGAUAUUUCACAAAUGGAUGUCGAAUUAGCAGAUUUUGAUAUGGGUGAUAAUAAUUCAGUAAUGGAGGAAUUUUUUGAUAUUCAAACUUUUGAAGAACAAACUGCAAUUGAAGAAAGAUCGGAUCCUUAA